AUGGCUUAAUAUAGAGAUCCUGUUUAUGGAAUAAUUGGCAAAAAUACAUACGAUCAAAUGAGAUAUCCUUAAUCAAUUAAUACAGACAUUAAUAAUUAAUAUGCAUAGAAACCUUUAGGUACAGAAUAAGGACCUGGAUUGCCAAUGUAAUUUGGAUAGGCAUCUGCAAGAGCUUAUGCAUAAGAAGUAAACUUCAAAUCUACUCUAAUAGUUCUAAUUAUCACCUGAAAUUUUAGCAUUAAAUAAACAAUAACAAUUAUAAUAACCAAGCCAAGGUGUUCCUAUUGUAUAAAAUAUUAUUCAACCAUAACCUAUAUACUAAGAAAUUUAACAUUAUGAUAAACCAGUUAGUGUGGUACCACGAACUGAUAUUGAAGAGCCAUGGAGAAGUAUAAUUUAAUAUUGAUUAUAGAUAAAUGUACAUUCCUAGAAAAAUAAAUAUAUGAUUUGCAAUAAGAAAAUUUUAGAUUAAAAUCAUAAAAUAUUGCAUCUGAAAAGAUCAGCUAUUUUGAAGAUACUGGAAGAGUUAAUUAAUUAAUGUAAGAAGUGGAUAGACUCAAUAAGACUAUUAUAGAUUUGAAUUCAGAAAUUGAUUAAUGGAGACUCAGAUACUCAAGUUUAGAAACUUAAUUGAAAGCUAGAUCUAAUGUUGAAAUGGAAGUUGAAAGAAUGAAGAGAGCUGUUCAAGAUAAUGAUAAUAUUGUUUAAGUUGAAAUGAAUAGAUUGAGAGAAUAAUUAGAUUAAUGGUAGAGAAGAUGUUAAUCACUUGAGUCUUAGAGUUUUGAAGCAUAAAACUUUUUAGCUAAAUCUAGAACAAAAGAAUAAAAUAUAUGUAAUUAUUAAUGAUAAAUUUUUAGUCAAUUUAUAAUCAGACUUAAAAAAAGCAGAAAUUAAUUUAAAAUUAAAAUAAGAUGAUUUGGAUACUGUCUAAUAAAAAUUAAAUAGAUUGGAAAAAAUAGUUCAAGAAACUGAGUAUUAAAACUAAGAAAUUAUUAAGUAUAAUUCAAUUUCAAUUUAUAUAGUCUUCGUAAAAUAAUUGAUGAUAGGAAUAAAGAAUUAGAAGUUUUAAGAAGAUAAAGUCAAUCUUAAUAUUCUAAAUAAAAUUUGAAAGAUUUAGAAAGCAAAGUUUCAUUAUUUUAAAAUGAAUGUAAUAGAUUAAAUUAAUUAUUAACUCAUAAAGAGCAGGAACUUUAAUUAUAUAGAGAUUAAUUAAAGAGAUAAUCUCAUUAUAGUAAUAAAUAAUGA